AUGCCCGAUCCUCGAUCUCACAACUCCUACCUACUGGAUCGAAGCAACGGCCCGGAAAUCCUUUCUAGCACUAGUACACCGCCAUACCGAAGCCCAGAUCCUGCGGCGUUGACCUUGGCGGGUGAAAUGAGCAAGCCGCCUGAACAAGUACAUGCCGAGGACCCGUUUGCCUAUUACAAAGCGUUCAUAGAUACAAGCAUCUCGCCUACCAACACGCCACAUGUGUUUGCGCAUGACGACGAUGGUUACACUUGCCACACAAGAUUUAUUGGGGCACAUGCAGGCCAAGCUCGAGCCGUCCCCUACAAUCUUGCCGUUCGGCAGGCAAAUCGUUCCAAUGGAGCACCACUUGCCACAAUAAUUGAACAGGGCUCAUACUCUACGCUAAACUCUCACGGCUCCCUUCUUAGUGUUGGUCGGUUCCCUUCAUUGGGUGUCGCGAAAAAUACCUCACCGAGCCGGGUUACGCAUAGAGCUUCGCGAAUUUUAGACGAGGAUACGGUGCAGGGAAUCCAGGAGGAAAUUUUGCACCAGCAAGAUCUUUGUGUAGUGAUCACGCCAGACGAGGAGUUCCAGGCGAGUCGGGCAAGUUCGUGUCCGGUAAACCAUACAGCUACGCCAACGAGAUCGGCUACCCCUCAACUCUCGCAACAUUCAGAUGAGCAGUCUGACAAUACAGACUACGACGCGGAUAGCAGGAAUUUCAAAGGAUUCUUUCGUGGCUUUUGGCAGAAUGUUCAAGCUGGUUCGCGUAUCUGGACCCGGUCACUUUCAACGACGCCCACACCGUUCGUUGAUUUUCGAGAGGGCCAACCGGAAGCAAGUGAAAGCAGUUCGAAAAGCCAACUACAAUCUUCCGAAACUCUUCGAAUGAUCAGGAGCAACUUUGAAGUCCCACAUCCAAUACGAACUUCGUCCUUGAGCGCGACUUGUACGCGUGGCCCUGAAUCUCAGUCCAAAAAUCGAAACGUUCCCACGGCAAAUUUCGAACACUCAGCUCGUGCUUACCCGCCCUUGCUCGGUAUCCCUUCAACUGGAACCGAAUCCGAGACUGAUUUUGAGUCUGCACUUCAUCUGCUGCCACCAUCGGUUGCAACGCGCUCACGCGAACGGUCAUAUUCCGUGGGCCCUGUACAACCACCACGCGAUGUGGCGCGUGACGACGGUACGACUGGAGCUCCGACGCUCUCGAACGAAAAUAGCCAUGACACCUCAGCUCAAAACACGUUCGAUGGCGUCUCUGUGCUCUAUAACAACAUCCAUACACUAAUGGAAGUUGACCACGCAAGGGAGUCAAGUAGAAAUGCUAGUUUCUGUAGCACCAUGUCCACGUCGUACUCAGGGACGGUACUAGGGGUUGACCUUGACCUUUACCACGAGUUCAAUCCCCCGGCCCGCCGCUCACGCUCACCGACUCCGGUAGCCCUAGCCCCAGUCUGGUUUACACCACAAAUGGCAGAGCUCGGGCGGCAAGCUUCAAAUUCGGAGUCUCCUACGUCGAACCAAGCCUUUGCAAUCGAACCACCAUAUCGUUCGAUAACUUCAUCCGCGUUGGGAUCUCUACUGCCCAUAGCGGUAGCGUCCGGAAUAGCACGUCCAAAUCAUGACACGCCGAAGAUAUCCUUCACCUCGCCAUCCGGUAACCUCAUUCAACCCGAAGGUGGAUUGACACCAAUGAUGAGCACAUCGGACUUUGGGGACUUACCUACGAUGGCCACUUCGUAUUAUAAUGCGAACACUCUAUUUACGCACAGUGAAUUGUCAGCGAGAGUAACUACUAGGCCGUCGCUGAUUCCCAUGACCAAACCUCCUGCAUAUUCUGCUCCCCUCCCAACACACCUCAGGUAUCACCACAACUAUCCGCACCGUCAGAGACCGCGGAUCGAGUCUCGUGAAUUUUCCAUCGUGCAUAGUCCGGCAGUCAAAGGCUGCGACGGUGUAGUCCGAGAGAAUACCUUCACGCCCCAAAGGAGAGUUGAUCGCUUCCAAAAAAAGCACCACCGGCUAUCAAUUCAAUCCACGGUAGGUGACAUGAAGAUUGAAGCGAAGAUGUACAAGGCUCAUCUUAUCACUUCCGCCUCCACGUUCUGUUUGCCAGCUCGAAGGAGAAAGAACGCCCCAAAACUAUAUUCAAAUAACGACCCCAGUGCAACCACAUAUACACACACUAGAAAGAAGCAAAAGCGCACGGCGGAAGCGAAACAGACCGAAGAUUCUACCAGAACAACCCAAAGUUCACAAAACAAGCAAGACACGGGGCUGCUGGCUCCGCUCGCAGGGCACGCUUUGAGGAUAUGCUUCUGCCAGCCGUACGACGGAGCCGGAAAACAGACGCACGCUAUUACUGCAGAUACUCUAUGUUUGAGCAACCCUAAUAACACAUACAUCAUGGAAGCUGGUCUGCCUGCUAUCAGGGUCAUUGGGGGCGGCAACGACCACAAAGAAAUGAACGGCCGCAAUAAGAAAGAUGAUGAUAUUCAUGCAAGCAAGCACAGAAGAACAAGAAGUGACAGCGCGGUAACUUGGGAUUAGUCUUACGGUUGCCGCAGUUUGUGGAUGAUCAUCCUCAUCCACUUUUCGGUCAAUC